AUGAGCAGCGCGAUGAAGAUGGACUUUAUCUGCAAAGAGCCGCCGCGCGUCCCCGAAGAUGCGCCAGUGCUCGAGCUCGACGACGCGGGCGUGAGCGACAACGAGGACUCGGAGGACGACCAGCUCGAGCACGCGGCGUGGCAGGACGUGGACGUGACGCCGGCCGUCGAGCUCGUGGCGAAACUCGUGCGCGAGUCGCUGGACGCGGGCAAGACGUACAACAAGAGCAUUACGGCCAAGACGUCGCAGCUGCUCACGGGCUGCGACGGGCUCUUGCUCGAGGUCAAGAGCUUGAGCGAGACGCGCGUCGAGUGCCGCCAGCGCUCGAGCCAGCGACUGGGCCAAGGUGGAGGCUGUUUGUGCGGCCAGGCAAUGGCCAUGCUGCCAUUGCGCAAUCCAGACGACGUGGCAGCGGUCGAUCAAAAGGGUGUGGACAACCCUGCAGUCGUGGCGAAGCAGGCGGUGGACGAAGCGACGGAAGACCAGACGGACCGCGGGCUGGCCAAAAUGGAGACCGCGAUCAUCCGGUUGAAAGAGAUGGCGGAGCUCAUUCAGGCCACGAGCAUGCAGGGCGAAGCCAACUUGGUGUCGAAAGUGUCGCUGCAAAGCGGCACGUUCCAGGCACUACAAGCAGCCGUGCAAGCCAGUGCUGCUGCAGCAACAGCGACGGCUAUUGCACAGGAAAGUGGUCGCUCGUCCUCAGCUUUUGGCAGGUUGUGCAUGCCAUUGCAGGUGCAAAAGCUACAGGAAUGGUACUACUCGUACCCACGACCGCUACUCGACGAACUGACGCUCAUGCGCACGAUUCUGAACUACCGGCCGUAUGCGAACCCGUUUUACUUGGGUGGUCUAUCGCUUGCUCAUGUGCGCGAUUGGUUCAAGCGACGUCGUUUCCGGGAGCGUAUGCGGUACGUCAAGUUGGCGGUGGAAGCAGGCCAUGAUGCCCAAGCUGCCGAGGAGGAGAUUGACUUGCGUUUGGAACAGCGCAUUGCUCACUUGCGUGCUUCUGUGGAUCCCAAUGAGCUUGUGAAGGAGGUCGACCGUGUACGAGCACAGAGCUAUUUGUUUGAUGCAGCGGUGAACGCGUUUACGAGACCUGACAAUAUCCGGUCUUACAUAGCAGCGUCACAUUCUGUACCGACCGCUGCAGAGCAUCAAGGAAGUAAUGUCAACGGCCGUGUCAUGGGCCAGCGCACGCCGGACUUGGACAUGGAUGAUUCUUACGCGGUCAAGCGUGCUUCUGUACUGGAAGUCAUGGCAUUGCAAAACCGGCUGCGUAGUCUGAUGAAACAGUCAAAGUCGACGGUUGUUACGAAUGGGCUACAGCAAGUGGUCGACUUGUUGCGUGCUAUGAAAGUCGAGCCUGACGUGCGUAUCCAGUCGGGCCUCGUAGCAGAUUUGAAGCUAAUUUUGAAGGAAUACACUAAGCCAACACUGCUACGCAAGACUACUAUUGCCCUUCUGGAGAGUCUGGGUAUGAAUCGACGCGCUGUGGUGGAGCCGGACGCCGAUGGAGACAUGCCGUUAUCCGCACCAGCAAGCCCAGCACUCAGCACGGCGUCGAGCGCGAAAGGAAGAAUUGGUCUGAAGUAUGGACAUUCACCGGGGAAUGAUGUAGAGAACAGAAGCGCAGUCUUUGGUGAUGAUUCUUCCCUCCUACUGUCGGGAGAGCCGCCGAAGAAGAAAGCGAAGCCUGCUAUCAAACCUCGCGGAAAGGAACGAAAAGGACGCGUGUUGCGGCCUAUGAAAUUUUCGAUGGAUCAGCUGACGGCACUCGAGGCAUGGUUUCAGCAGAAGUACAAACCCUCGCAAGAAGAGAUGGAAAACUAUUUGGAGCAGUUAAAUACCCCGCCGCUCCGAGACGCGAAAAAACAAACGGUAGAUGUAAACAUGACACAGCUGCGGCGGUGGUUCAACAAGCGGCGGUGUUUGCGUCGGCCUCCCUUCGCGUUGAUGACACAGCAAGAGGCUGCAAAGGAAGGAUCAAAGAAUCCUGCGGUUCUCAAGGCAGUGUUGACUCCUACGAAUAUUGUGGAGACUGUAGAAAGCAUGGACGCCGAUGAAGAGGUUGUGGACGCGAGCUUAGAGAUCGAGCACCGCUCACAAGAUGGUAAUAAGCGCGAAUCUAGUGACGACGAUGAUGACGAUGAUGACGACGACGACGACGACGAUGACGACGACGUUGACGAUGAUAGCAGCGACGAUGGCGAGCACCUUAUUGACCUGGCUUUGGCCUAG